AUGAUCAAGUCGGAAAUCAAAGAGGAACCGCCUGAGCUGCAAAUAAAACCGACGAAGACGCGAAAGAGAAAGCUUCCGGUUAUUAAACAGGAAACGAAACGACGACGAUUCGCGUUAGUAAAAGAAGAGGAUGAGCGAAGCAUUUUGACGGUGCUUGCAGAAGUGACAAAAUCGUUACAAGAUGGGGAUCGGUCGUUGGCAUUGAUACAACUGCGCGAGUUCUCGUCGGAGCAUUUUUUGACAAAACUCGACACAUCGAUGAUGUAUCCACUUUUAAGUACCCUCCUCAAUGCUGCGAAAAUCUCGACGUUUGAUGAUGUGACACUUUUGCUACUGAAAUCGCUUCAUCAAAUCGUUCAACGAUGCAGUCGGUCCAAUUACAAUCUGCUGCUGAUACAGCUUUUCAACGAGAAAGACUUCUUCACGAAAUCGAUACUGGAUUCGAUUUUGCUGAACAUCUGCGAGGUUGCUAUAAGAAAGCAAUUUCUAAGUUCCCAAGGUGUACCACCACAGUUAUGGAUGGUAUAUUCGAGAGCCUUGUGCGCACGAGAUGAUGCUUAUAAAAGGAUAUCAGCAAUUCGUUUCAGUUUGGCUUGCAAUAUUGGAGUUAAACGUACGGAGAAGAACGCCGAAGUUCAGGCAAUGCUAUCGAAAAUGAUGAACGAUCGAGACCCAAGGGUACGCGUCACUGCUUUAAAUGGGCUCCGCGAAAUUUUCGAUCGAUUGCAUUUAUUUUCGCAUCAAUUGUAUGAAUUGGUGAAAAAGAUGACUGAAGAUUUCUGUCCAAAUGUUCGACUAGAAGCGUUCAUUAUUAUAGCUCUUUUUGCGAAAAAGUUUACACAAGUGAAAGUUCACGAUAGGAAACGCAAGAAAAUAUUGUUGAGCGACGAUGCUUUUUCGACAGUCUGUCAAGGGAUCAACGAUAUGGAUAAACACGUGCGUGCCGAGACCGCAAAGCUACUUGGCGAUUUCGAAGUGGUGAGUGACGAUUAUUUGGAUCAAACGCUCGACAAGAAGUUGAUGUCUUCCACAAAGACGGAACAUGGAGAAUCUGUGUUUAAAGUUAAAGAAAGUCGAUUUGCUAUCACGAAAGGACAACAAUCAAUGAGAGGAAGAGGAAGUUGGAGAAUGCAAAAUGCAAAUGAAAGGCAACGAAGACAUCACGGCGAUUGGAGUUCCGGGAAAAAGCUUCACGAAUCGGCACCAGAAGAUAAAAGAAGAGAAGAGGAAGAAACAGCCGAAAUAAUGUCUCAAGGUGCCUGUGGAGCUUUUGUAACGGCGCUAGAAGACGAAUAUAAAGAAGUCCGACAAGCUGGCGUCUAUUCAUUGGGAAAAUUGGCUGCGAAUCGCCCUUCUUUUGCGUUGACUGCUUUGGAUCAUUUAGCCGAUAUGUUCAAUGAUGAAAUUGCGCAGGUGCGAAUUGAUGCGAUUCGUGCUUUGACACCCUUGGUCGUUCAUGGACAAUUGAAGAAAGAGCAAUUGAAUACGAUAUUGAAAUGUCUUGAGGAUGCAUUGCCGGAGACAAGACAAAGUUUACGGACGAUUCUGGUCAUGGGAGAUUUUGCGGAUGUGGAUUGUUUACGCGUCUCGGUUCGAGCCUUGAUGGUCAAUAUGAGACGUUUUCCGCAAGAUCGACGUCAAGUUUUCAAAUGCCUUUCCGCUUUGGGUGUUCGUCACGCGGUGAUGGUUCAAGCUGUCGUGAUGGAGCUGCUAGAUUUUGAUCCAACUUUUGAGCCCGUCGAACAUCACGUCAAUGAUCUUGAAUAUCUCGCGAAAGCUUUCCUUAUUCUAUCGGCCGCUUCUAUUCACCCACCUGUUUUAUCGAUUCUUCCGGCCUACGUCAUUCGGCACUACAAAUAUUUGCGAGUUUCCGAGCCGGAUUUGGUGCCAGUAAUAAAAAGUGUUGACGGAUUUGAGCAUGUGGAGAAUCAAUUGCGAAUCGAUGCCUUUCGGAAAGAGUGGAGUCAUGAGAAGAGCGAAGUGCUUGAGAGAACUUAUGAACGACUGGUCAGUGUUGAGAAGGAAGCCGAUAAUUUAACGCGAAAUUUAUUACGGAGGCUAAUCAUUGAAGAUGUAUCGAGAAUCUCCGAGUUCAAUGCCCCACUUUCUGGUGGUGCUCGUUUCAUCGCGACAAUGGCGCAGACUUGCAUCGGUUUGGAAGCUGCAAUUCAACAAUUAAUGUUUGGUGGUAAUGCCAUUGCGACAGCUAAACAUAUUGAUAAGGAGUUGGCUCAAGUGAUGGCGAUUUUCUCUCAAUUUACCGGUCUUCCCAACACAAUUCUUGCCUAUCUCUGGGAGUCCGUUCUGCACUUGAUGCUAAUGAAGUUGGUAAUUCCGAUGUUCUCGCAAGGCAACUCGAUGACGCACAUGGACAAAUUGAAAGAAAUCGUAAAAGAGAUGGGAAUAAUCCUGAAAAAUGGGAAGAUUGCCGCUAGUCCAUUGCUGUAUUCCACGUUGGAGACCGUGAGUCAGAUCGCAGAAGGUGAACAAAAGGAGAAACUGUCGGGACUUGCACAAAUAUCGAAAAUACUCAUGGAGAAACCCCCGAAAUUGCCCACCGUUUUCCGAGAGGCAAAAACGAUAAAAGUGAAGUGGGCAACUAUCAGCGAACCGAGCAAAGAACGAAGCACGGAACGUGUACAUCGAUUUGUCGCUGGAUUACCGACAGCCAUUCCAUUCAGUGCUCAACUGCACAAUCUCGAGCCAAAAGAUGCCGAGAGGAUUCGAAUUAAAGUCUCCUAUCCCAACUUGACCGAAAGCCUGUUCAAGCCAAGAGCCGCGCACGUUUUUGCUGGUGAAAAUGGAGUUUAUCACUUGAAUACAGAGGUUCUCAUCACUGCACCAGCUGGUUGGGCGGAUUCAGCGGAGAUCCGGCUCACUGUCGCAUUGGCACCACAAACAACCAAUCUCUCAAUGUUUUCUCAAUAUUGCACUGUUCUAUUUUCUCAUCCGGGAUGCGCUGAGGAGGCAUUCGCGCAAGAAUACAUCAUUUUAUCGCACGUUUCCUACGGAAUAAUGGGGGCAGGCGAUUUCAACGCGGAAUGGCUCUCAACGACGAGCGCAAAGCUUACACAAGUCACCCGCUUGUAUCCGGCGAUUCUCGGAAACAUUUGCCUCACCGUCGCCAUUUGGAUCUUUGUCUACGAUUUGAAACAAGAUCCCAAACUCAUUCCGGUAUACCUUCUAAGCAAAGAGACGAAUUUCACAACAAAUAACGAGUUUCUCGAUGGACUGCUCAAUGGCUUCAACUCGAUUCUGCUUAUCGCGAUGAUUUCUUUUGUGAUGCUCAUGUUUGUGAUCUUCAAUUUUAAAACUCUCGUACAGUGUUGGUUAUCGAUGGCUUCGCUUCUUGUGCUUUGGGGUCUCUUUCCGACUGUGUUUCAUGAUGCGUUGGCCAAAUGCGGUUUCGAGAAUGAAGUGAGGAUAGCUGUGACAGUGAUUGCGACAACGAUUUACGCGGGCGUUGGAACAAUGGUGUUUCUGACAAAUCACAUGCCAUUGUCGCUACAUCAGGUGUACGUGAUCAUCAAUUGCUCGUUUAUCUCACUUUUCUACCUUCGCGCCUUUCCCGAUCACACGAUUUGGUUCGUUCUCGCGAUGAUCGUUGCUUGGGAUAUCUUUGCCGUACUCUCACCGAUAGGACCCCUGAAAAUGGCACAGCAAAAAGCUGGUGAUUACAGUAAUACGGUGUUAAAAAUGUUGAUGUUCGAGACGAAGAAAGAAAUCGUAGUACAGGGACAAAAAGAGACACCCACUGAGGAGCAAGCUGAGAUCAGCCAUGAUAUUGAUGACGUACAAACAGCGGAGAGUAUUUCACAGGAGGAACUCUUCGAGAUGUUGAAAAAAAGCAAGACGGAAAUGGAGAAAAACGAUGAGGAGAAGAAAGAAAUGGAAAUGAAAACGGAAGAGGAGACACCGAAAGAACGAAGCGCUGAAGAGGCACUCGCUGAUUCGAAUUCACUGCACCUCGGGAUGGGCGAUUUUGUCUUCUACAGUGUCCUCGUCGGAAAAUCGUUGGCAACUGGCGGUCCGAUGUGUGCAAUUGCGUCAUCUCUUGGCGUUUUGGUUGGUUUCUUCCUUACCGACACGAUGCUUUCAACAAAUGACUCAACUUAUCCGGCUCUACCCGUUUCGUUAUGUCUGGGACUUGUGCUUCACCUCGCCACUUUGCUUUUCGCCGAACCGCUUCUCAAAGAAUUACCUUCACAUUUUCUGCUU